AUGUCGGCCAAGUACGCCUUUACGCAGAGCCUCAAGGAGGUCCGCUUUCUCUUCUGCCAGACCGCCGACCACAGCGCAGGAGUCAGGUCGUUCCUCAUGAGGGCAUACCCGACCAUGAAGAAGAACAACCCGACCACCCCCAUCCUGAUCCGCGAGGCCGCCGGCACUAUCCCCAAGGUCUACGCGAGGUACGACCUCGGCGUCGAGAAGAGCCAAUCAUUAGAAGGACUUUCGGAUAAGCAAAUCGAGGAGGCGGUUACGGGGCUUGUCAAGCAGGGGCACUCCAGGCUCUGGUACUUUGGGUGGAAAAUCUUGGAGGGGGAGGCCAGUUACUCACCUGUAUAA